AGACAGCCGCGCUCUUCGGCGGCAGGGGCAUGGAGGAGCGGCGGGCUCCGAGCCGCGCCCCGGAGUCCCCGAAACUUCCGAGCAGGCGCCCGAUCGCGCCGCUGCCGCCGCAGCCACCUCACCUGCCGGCCUGAGAGCGGGACCAUGGAUGAAAGGUUCAACAAGUGGCUGCUGACGCCGGUGCUCACUCUCCUCUUCGUGGUCAUCAUGUACCAGUACGUGUCCCCUUCCUGCACCAGCUCCUGCACCAACUUCGGGGAGCAGCUCCGCUCCGGGGAGGCCCGCCCGCCCGCUGUCCCGAGUCCUGCCCGACGGGCACAGGCAUCCCCGGAUGAGUGGGAGCGGCGGCCCCAGCUGCCACCGCCACCCCGGGGACCGCCCGAGGGGUCUCGUGGAGUCGCGGCUCCGGAGGAUGAAGAUGAGGAUCCGGGGGACCCGGAGGAGGAAGAGGAAGAGGAGGAGGAGCCGGACCCCGAGGCGCCCGAAAACGGCUCUUUGCCCCGGUUCGUGCCGCGCUUCAACUUCACCCUGAAGGACCUGACCCGCUUCGUGGAUUUCAACAUCAAAGGGCGCGACGUGAUCGUGUUCCUGCACAUCCAGAAGACCGGAGGCACCACGUUCGGCCGGCACCUAGUGAAGAACAUUCGCCUGGAGCAGCCAUGCAGCUGCAAGGCUGGCCAGAAAAAGUGCACCUGCCACCGGCCGGGCAAGAAGGAGACCUGGCUCUUCUCCCGCUUCUCCACCGGCUGGAGCUGCGGGCUGCAUGCCGACUGGACCGAGCUCACCAACUGCGUGCCGGCCAUCAUGGAGAAGAAGGAUUGUCCCCGCAACCACAGCCACACCAGGAAUUUCUACUACAUCACAAUGUUGAGGGACCCAGUUUCACGUUACCUGAGUGAAUGGAAACAUGUCCAGAGAGGGGCCACAUGGAAAACUUCUCUCCAUAUGUGUGAUGGAAGGAGCCCCACCCCUGAUGAGCUGCCUACCUGCUAUCCUGGGGAUGACUGGUCUGGGGUGAGCUUGCGAGAGUUCAUGGAUUGUAGCUACAACCUGGCCAACAACCGCCAAGUGCGCAUGCUAGCUGACCUCAGCCUGGUGGGCUGCUACAACUUGACUUUCAUGAAUGAGAGUGAGCGGAACACCAUCCUGCUGCAGAGUGCUAAGAACAACCUAAAGAACAUGGCCUUCUUUGGGCUCACUGAAUUCCAGAGGAAGACACAGUUUCUCUUUGAGAGGACAUUCAACCUUAAGUUCAUCUCUCCUUUCACACAGUUCAACAUCACAAGGGCUUCCAAUGUGGACAUCAAUGAUGGAGCCCGUCAGCACAUUGAGGAAUUGAAUUUCCUGGACAUGCAGCUUUAUGAGUAUGCAAAAGAUCUCUUCCAGCAACGCUAUCAUCACACCAAACAGCUAGAGCACCAGAGGGACCGCCAAAAGAGGCGUGAGGAGCGGAGACUGCAGCGAGAGCACAGAGCACAUCGGUGGCCCAAAGAGGACAGGGCCAUAGAGGGGACUGUCACUGAGGACUACAACAGCCAGGUGGUUAGAUGGUGACCCUCUGCCUGCUCCUUUUUAUGAAGGGAGAUAAGCAGGUACCUCCUCCUUCUCUUGGAUUACUUUGAAGAAGUUGGGCCAUGAUGAGGACUUCUGGCUUUAUGUGACCUAGUUUGGACACCUGCUUCCUCUUUGUCUUCAUUUUCAAUUCAGCUGGAGAUUUUUCCAUCUUGCUCUCCAUCUUUUCUAGACAUUUCCUGAUCUGAUAUUAAGUGGGGUGGAAAUAUAUCUGACAGACAACUGUAGAGGGGGUCAGGAAAGAGGCUUCAGAAAGGAGAAAGUCUGUAGUGUCUUUGCUACUCCCGACGGGUCAGUCUGGGAACCUGGAACCCACAGAAGCACACAGGAAACC